GCCAUUAUAUAUUUUAUUAUAGAGAUGGCCAACAAACUAUUAAGUCGGUCGGUCACUCAACCACUCGAGUUACGAGCGAGGCUCAAAUCCAGACGUACGAAGCGAGCACGCAUAUCGGCAAUCCGAACAAGCUUAUAUACGCAGAUAAACUCUUCAGUGGGUCCAUUGUGGCGUCGGGCGGCAUGGGGAAAAUCAAGGAGUUAUGCGGCGAGUCUACGCGAUGCUCUGAUGCGCUGAGCUAUUGCUGGUGGGGAAUCUCCUUUUGCGCCGUGCUGUCAGUCGUCAUACUUGUCCUGGCGGCCCUUCGAAAGACCGUCCUGUGGACAAGCACUCUGCAGGCAUUCUGUGCGGCCUGUGCCUCGGUUUCCAUGAGCAACGCCGCAUCGAUCUACAUGACCAAGGUACAACUUGAGGAACAAAUUAACGAUUCCUGGUAUGAUGGUUACGCCAGGGAACGUCGAAUUCCAGUGGACGUGUCCUUUGCAGGUUUCAUCCUUCAGUCAAUUGGAUUGCUUGCGCUGAUCAUCGCUCUCGGUGUGGUGAACAGCGUCCAGGUUCGGAGGCUUAUGAAUGUCAACCCGACAGUGCCGACGACGAACCAGCUGCAAUAGAUAAAGGGCCCUGGUGUCUUUCCAACAGCCGACGAACUAGCCACGCAAUAGCGAGCACGCCUGGCUAGCCAGCGAUCAUGCAUCUGCCCGAAGGCAUGCAAAGCAUCAUCAACGAGAAUACAUGGCUCACAAUCCGGGUGGCCGGCUCUCCAAGGGGGUUGCAUGCAAGUCAACGUGGGUGCACACUGCUGCCGCACGACCCUACCGGCUCAUUGGCCGGGCCGGCUUUCCACAGGGCCAAACAAGCUGCUAAGGCCUGUUUGGCCUUACUGGUUACUACAGGGUGCUACAAUCUGUUUGGCCCUGUGUGUUUGGCCCUGUUGAAGGCCCUGAUGAGUGGGUGCCCGGCAGACUGAUGGAUUCAUGUUGCAAAUUGGGGGCCAUUCGAUGUCCCACCUGCCUACCCCGAACAUUGGAAGGCUUGGACGAGCAAUAGCUUCGCUUGGUGUUGUUACGUGUCUUCAUCAUACUGUUUAGCUUCGUGCCUGCAGCAGGUGUAUCAACUUCCGUGUGACCGACAUCAAGAACGUAACUGCUGUAUGUAUGUCCGCCAAGAGCUUUGCGCGUCAGGGGGGUAUUACUGAUUGUGAAUCACGUUCAGUGUGAAUAUGGGAAUAGGAAUUAGGAAGACAGUGAGAAGGUUGGGCCACAUUUUGACCUCUCUUCGUUGGUCGGGGACUCGGUUGAUUGAGAGCGAGCUGUGGGGAAAGCAUGUACACUCCGACGGGUGCUGGUGAUGUGUAUAUUCUGUGGCGGUGUCUGUUACCCUCGCACAUGGCGGCAUGCGGCAUCCAUUACAUAAGAACCAUGCAUGUCCCUUGGAUAUAAUCCGUACCGCCUAAAGUAAACAUUUUAUUUGGCUCUAAGCUUUUCCUGGUUGGGCAGCCCUGCCUCCAGGGCAUGCAUGAUGUCGUGCGUAGCUUAUCUAUUUGCUCGCCCUAUCUCCAUCCCCCCUUUCAUCUCCUACCAGAUUUAAGUGCAAGGAAGCGCAUGCAUGCAUGCGUUUGGCGUAGCUACCCUUACGGAAUUGGGGAUGGAAUAGGGUUAUGCUAGUAGUGGUGCCAUCGAUCGGGGCCAUCCCUCAAACAUGACAUCAUCCCCAGGUGCCGGGGUGGGAAGGACAGCAAGAGUAGAGAAAGUUUGCAAUGGUGAGCCGGUUAUCACCGCAGGAGUUCAGCUCUGCUCUGGCCUGGCGGCUGAGGUGGCGGUCAAGGGUCGCGGGGGUCGAGAGGCACCGUUCACAUGGGUCAUCUGCUUGAGCCUCUGGCUGCGGCUGCGGCUGCGGCUGCGGCUGCGGCUGCGGCUGCGGCUGCGGCUGCGGCUGCGGCUGCGGCUGCGGCUCAUCGUAUGUUACAAGUUCCGCGCAAAUGCGGGGCAAUGGUAUAGCUAGAUGUAGGCCAUGGCCACGUUAGGGUGGGGAUCGGGAUUGUCAUAUGUUGCCCUGAUAUAUGCUAGACAUGUUAGGCUACAUAUGCAUCCUAACGCAUAUGCAUAUGCAAAUGUAAUGUGCAAGUUACAACUUGCAAGGGG